AUGGCAGUUAAAUCCCGUUUCACCCGGCUGGACGCUUUUGCGAAAACCGUGGAAGAUGCGCGCAUCCGGACGAGGUCAGGGGGUGUCGUCACAAUCGUUUCAUUAAUCGUGGUUAUCUUGCUGGUCUGGGGGGAAUGGAAGGAUUAUAGACGAGUGGUCGUGCUUCCAGAGCUAAUCGUGGAUAAAGGAAGAGGAGAGAGAAUGGAGAUUCACCUCAACGUAACUUUUCCUCAUCUUCCUUGCGAACUGCUUACGCUGGAUGUUAUGGAUGUCUCUGGCGAGCAGCAGAGUGGUAUCAUACACGGCAUCAACCGAGUCCGCCUCAGCCCGGCCUCCGAAGGCGGCCAUGUUCUUGAUAUGCAAUCAUUGGAACUAAAUAAGAAAGACCAAGUUGCGCUACACCUUGAUCCUAAUUACUGUGGCUCUUGCUACGAUGGCAUCCCUCCCGAAAAUGCUCAGAAACCUGGUUGCUGCAAUACUUGCGACGAAGUUCGGGAGUCCUAUGCCUUACGCAAUUGGGCGUUUGGAAAGGGUGAAGGCGUUGUACAAUGUGAACGAGAAGGCUAUGGUUCGAAAAUUGACUCACAGAGACACGAGGGUUGCCGGAUUGAAGGAAUUCUUCGAGUCAACAAGGUCAUUGGCAAUUUCCACAUUGCACCGGGGCGCAGCUUCACAAACGGACACAUGCACUCCCACGAUCUCAAGAACUACUAUGAGACUCCUGUACCGCAUACUAUGGCGCAUAUCAUCCACCAACUUCGUUUCGGCCCCCAAUUACCUGACGAGUUGUCGCAGAAAUGGAAAUGGACAGAUCACCACCAUACCAACCCCCUUGACUCUACUUCUCAGGAGACCAACGACCCCAAAUAUAACUUUAUGUAUUUCAUCAAGGUUGUCUCAACCUCCUAUCUACCUCUCGGCUGGGACGCUUCCCAGUCAUCUGAAAUCCACAGUCGCCUCGCCAAUGACGCACCACUGGGCUCUCAAGGUAUCCAGUUUGGCGAGCACGGCAGCAUUGAAACGCACCAAUACUCCGUGACGUCACACAAGCGCUCCGUUGAAGGCGGCGAUGACUCUGCUGAAGGUCACAAGGAGCGCAUACACACUGCCGGGGGCAUCCCAGGUGUCUUUUUUAAUUAUGAUAUCUCACCAAUGAAAGUCAUUAACCGUGAAGCAAGAACGAAGAGCUUUUCUGGAUUCUUAACGGGAAUUUGUGCUGUGAUCGGCGGAACGUUGACUGUGGCGGCUGCUAUCGAUCGAGCACUAUAUGAAGGCGCGGUUCGGGUGAAGAAGCUACAUAGUAGCUGA